AUGGCUCCCUGUUCAGGAAAAUUCACGGGCGAAGAGGGCAUCGAAGGACAUCAACAACCACGGGCGGCGAGGGCUAACGAGGCUAGGGCCCAAACAGUCUGGUCGAGAGAUGCUGCGUGCACCGGCCGGCCCUCUGAAAAGAGACGUCAGCCCUCGAGCUCGGUCGAUGAAGCAAGUCAGCCACGGGGCGAGGAGCGAGUGAAUGUCUGCGUGCUCCAGCCGCUGGUCUUCUCGUGCCGCCGCCGCCAUGUCUCCCUCCAUCACAUCAACUAUCUGCGUGCCUACCCGCCGCUGUGA